UUUUAGAUCACGUCCGAACACGAGUGUCGGUCGGGGGUGGAUCAUUCAAAGGUGAGGCUUCACACUGAUCUCGUCUGCACUAAAACAUGAUGGUAAAAUAACGCCAUAUUAACAACAAUGCAUUUGCCAUUCCCAUCUCAUCUGUAUGGCCAGUCGCCACCAAGUGAUUAGAAUGGACUUUCACGAGCAGACGACAUGCAUUUCUUUCACGCUUUCCGAGUGCAUUGUCGUCUCAGAUCUAGCGUGUUGUCGGCAAUAUUUCGGUCCAGAGACAAACUGAAAAGAGACUCUACGUCACUGUUUUCUUCAUCGGGUAUUAAUAAAAAGUCUGUCAUGGCAGCAGAUAAAGUCGCCAGGAGAAAGUUCAUCAUCGACACAGACGCCGGCAUCGAUGACGCCCAAGCUAUACUGAUGUGUCUAGCGGCGUCUGACGUCGACGUCGUUGCUCUAACCACGGUCAAGGGCAACGCUACGGCAACACAAGUGACAUCUAAUCUUCUCCGACUUUUAACGGCGGCGGACAGACUGGAGAUCCCGAUCUACAGAGGUUGUGAGGACAUGCUGCUUGGCUGGCAAAAACCCGACGAGUACAACUACCACGGCAAGGACGGGUUUGGAGACGUUCCUGACCCCGUCCCACCCAAUCCCGACCAGGUCGAGGCCAAACACGGGGUACAAGCACUGGUUGACGUCACCAAACAGUAUCCAGGGGAAAUAACUCUGAUUGCGAUAGGACCACUGACCAAUGUAGCUAUGGCGAUACGACUGGACCGAGAUUUCGGGUCCAGGCUCAAGGCGUGUUACAUCAUGGGUGGCAACUAUAAAGGUGAAGGCAACAUAACAGCGACCGGGGAGUUCAACUUUUUACAGUGACCCGGAAGCUGCCUACAUCGUGCUGAACUCCCUGGGAUGCCCCAUCACGCUGACCUGUUGGGAGCUCUGUGACCAGUAUUCUCUGUCCUGGGAAACGUACGCAGAUCUGAGAAAACACACUUCCAAGAAAUGCCAGUUUAUGAAGGACAUUGAAAGCCUAAUGGUGUCCAACUGCAAGAAAUUGAACUGGACAACCUACGUCCCUUGUGAUGAAGUGACGGCCGCAUGCGCAAUAGAUGACCAGGUUAUCACGAAAAGUGACCAGGUGUUCGCAAGUGUGGAACUGCAUGGUGACUUGACCCGAGGUCAGAUGGUCGUCGACUGGGGGAGUCGUCUCCGGAAGAAACCAAAUGUCCGCAUUGUGAAGGAACUUGACGUCGAGCGGUAUAUGAAAUUACUAAAACGUGCGAUUGAUGUAUCAUAAGCUUCAAGCAUUAAACAGAUUUGAACACUGUGACACUUCCAGCC